AUGUCUCAACUUUCCAUCUGCUAUGCUUCCAGGAUUCCUGUGGUGAAGUUCUAUGGUAUGGGAGAAGAUGGUCUUUACUCAAUACAUAUUAUUGAUGGAUAUGUCAACAAGACAUCUGCAUUCAUAGAAAGAAUGAUGCCAGGAUGCAAGUUCCACUCUGUCCCCUGGAUGGAGGAUGAAUCUAUACAGUUGCUUGGAUGUGCAGGUGGACCUCUACAUAGCAGAGAGCGUGACACUGCUGAUGAAGGUAUGCUUGAUGAUUUUGUGGAAAACCCAAUGGGGACAAUUGGGGGACUUGUUGCUUUGUCCUACUACGAUGAUGAUGAUGAUGAUGAUGAUGAUGAUGAUGAUGAUGAUGAUGAUGAUGAUGAUGAUGAUGAUGAUGAUGAUGAUGAUGAUGAUGAUGAUGAUGAUAGUAUAUUAAGUAUUGAUUCACUCAAUGAAGAAAUUGUGAGUCAAGAUGAGAUGUAUAUUCUCACAGCCAACCAUGUGGUUGAACAACGCAUUCCCAAUGCUGAAUAUAUUUCUUGGUCCAAGGAAGAUCAAAGUGAUAAACAUGUGAUUGGUAGAGAGGUUCCAUACAGAAUACCAUUGAGAAUGGACAGUGAUGAACAUAAUAACAAUGCAGAUCAUGAUGAUGAUGAGGAGAAAGGCAGGUUAACUGUCUGGAAGGAUAACAGCACAAGCCAAGAUGAGGAAAUGAUAGUGAAUUGUACGUAUGAUGCUGUUAUGAAUGAUAAGGAUAUUGAUGAGGAGGAGGAAGAACAACAAUAUGAUAUUGCCUGUAUCAGAGUGGAUGAUCAACAUGAUCCUGCCUGUAGCAAAAUGAAUGAGCAGUGUAAGAACAUAAAAUAUCAAUAUAAUGAUUGUGAUAAUUGUUGUAAAUGGUGGUAUAGAGAGCCUAAAGCCGGCUUAAAUGCAGUAAAGCUAGGACUGCCCCUCAAUCAAGCAAAAGGCAAGAUUUUGAAAGUAGAUGCAGCAGGUGAAAUCAAAGUUGGCAAGAAGACUGCAUGGGUAGAGAACAUGGUAGCUAUCAGUUCAGAGACGCCAGAUGCUGACACUGCAUACACACAACCAGGAGACAGUGGAACCAUAGUAUGUGAUACAGGAACAGAAUGGUUUAGAUGUUAUCCAAAUUGUUUCAUGAUAUUUGCAGGAUGGGAUAAAGCAAAUAUAUACAAUACAUGGAACAAACCAGUGUCUCUAGCAUUCUCACUGCCUGAAGCCCUGACAAAGCUAGCUGAACAAGUCCCUGGAAAUGAUGAGGCAUCAAAGAAGAAAUUUAAGUUGUCUUGCUGUAAGAAAGUAUUUGAACAAAUACAGGAGGAAUAGCAGAGUGUCCAAAAGAGGAAGUAGAGUAUUUAAGUGGAGAAGUAGAAUGUUCAAAUCAAGAAGCAGAAUGUUCAAACAAAGAAGUAGAAAGUCCUAAAGAAAAGGGAGAAUGUUCGAAAGAAGGAAACUGUUCAAAACAAGAACCAGAAUGUUCAAAAGAAGCAGCAACAUGUUCAAAGGAAGAAGCAGAAUGUUCCAAAGAAGAAACAGAAUGGCUAAAUGAAAAAGAAGAAUGUUCAAAAGAAGAAGCAACAUGUUCAAAGUAAGAAGCAAAAUGUUCAAAAGAAGAAGAAUGUCUAAAGAAACAGUAAAUCCAAAAGAAGAAUGAUUAAAAAGCUUUUCCACAAGAAGACAUUUGGAUACACACUAAUUUAACUUACAUUUGGAUUUGAAUGACUAUAGAAAGAGAGUAUUUGGACAAAU